AUGACUGUUUUAGCAAAAGCUGUCAUGGCUUUCCAUGUUAAAGAGUUUUUAAGUUGCUGUAUGAGAUUUGGAUCUUGGAGAUUUAUCUGUAAUAAAAAGUCCAGGGCUGACUCAUUAGGUUUCCCCGGAGCCCUUGAAAUGCACGUACGUAGCCCUUAUCAUUUAGACAUCUUAGGAGCACAAGUCAUUAAGAAAUCAAAUUUGGAACCUAUGCCUGUGGAGGAGGUGUUCGAUCCCACACCUCUUCGGAACAUAUUAAAUCUUCUCCAAAACCAGCCACCAGAAAAUUACAAAAAGGUGAGAGGAAAAGAUGGCAAGAACGCUGUUUUCAGAAAGCUGAAAGCAAAAUCAGAAAACAAGACGUGUUUUGAUUGUAAUGCGAAGAAUCCGACAUGGGCGUCGGUUACAUAUGGGAUCUUUCUCUGCAUCGAUUGCUCAGCCGUUCACCGGAGUCUCGGUGUCCACAUCAGCUUUGUCAGGUCUACAAAUUUAGAUUCAUGGUCUCCUGAACAAUUGAAAAUGAUGACUUAUGGUGGAAACAACCGUGCACAAGUUUUCUUUAAGCAACAUGGAUGGACCGAUGGAGGCAAAAUUGAGGCCAAAUAUACUUCAAGAGCUGCCGAUUUAUAUAGACAAAUACUAUCAAAAGAAGUCGCUAAAAGCAUGUUAGAAGAUACCGGUUUGCCUUCAUCUCCUGUUGCUUCUCAGUCAUCACAAUCGCCUAAUGGAUUUACUGAUAGCAAGGCGGAUGAAGUUCCUAAAGAAAAUUCUAUAGGAAAGCAAGAAAAACCAGAAGUUCCUGCUGCCCCCAAAGCUUCUCAUACAGUGGUUACCAGCACUGCCAAAAAGCCUCUUGGUGCCAGAAAACUUACUGGGAAAACCGGGGGGCUUUGUGCCCAAAAGCUUUCUACUAAGCCUAGUGAAAAUCUAUAUGAACAGAAGCCCGAAGAACCAGUUGCCCUUGUUGCUUCCUCAACUAAUGGCGUUGCACCCAUUGGUUCAUCUUUCCCAUCUCGUUUUGAGUAUGUCGACAAUGUUCAAUCUAAUGAGUCAAAUCACGGUGGCCCACAAGUGCUUAAUCAUGUUGCUCCACCAAAGUCAUCAAGCUUCUUUGCAGAAUUUGGAAUGGACAGUGGUUUUCAGAAGAAAUCAAGCUCAAAUUCCUCAAAAGUGCAAAUUGAGGAAACCGAUGAAGCUAGGAAGAAGUUAUCAAAUGCGAAAUCUAUUUCAUCAGCCCAAUACUUUGGUAAUCCGACCAGAGCAGCAGACAAUGAAACUCAAGUUACCCUGCAGAAAUUCUCAGGUUCAACAGCCAUCUCUAGUGCCGAUCUCUUCGGUCAAAGUGCUGAUAAUUCUAUCGAUCUUACUGCAAGUGACCUCAUCAACCGAUUCUCGUUCCAGGCACAACAGGAUAUCUCGAACCUUAAGAACAUGGCGGGAGAGACCGGAAAGAAAUUGAGCUCGUUGGCGUCGAAUUUUCUAUCGGAUUUCCAGGACAGAGUCCUGUAAUGCAAUGUUUCUGGUCUU